ACUCACUAAAUUUGUCUCUUUCGCGCUCUGCGUCUCGCCGCGACAACGAACGACGAUCAAUGCGAACUGGUUUUAAGUUGACCUUAAUAUCUGAACCUGAAGAUCAAAUCCGGCGGAGCGGAGCAUCAACAUAGCAAACGAUGUGGAAGCGCGUUUGGGAGAAGAGUGCUUCGACUUCCGGCGUACGACGGCAGCUGCUGUGGCGGUCGUGCAGAGGUAGACGUGCGCAUUCCUUCGCCUGCAACGGAGGGCAGCAGACUCCAUCUCCUUCCUUCUCUUCACGAUUUGUACUUCGUCGAUGUGCCUCUGCAUCGGUUCCCUCGGCCAAGCUAUUUACUAAUUCACAUGCCAGCAAGAAGUGUUUCUUUUCAAGUCAACCUUUGCCUAAUCUCCCCGUUGGUGGGAUAGUUGAGGUUCCCUUAGCCCAGACUGGUGAAGGUAUUGCUGAGUGCGAACUUCUCAAAUGGUUCGUGCAGGAGGGAGAGCAAGUUGAAGAAUUUCAGCGCCUAUGUGAAGUUCAGAGUGAUAAAGCAACCAUUGAAAUAACAAGCCGUUACCAGGGGAAAGUUUCACAUAUUCUUUAUAGUCCCGGUGAUAUAGUGAAGGUUGGAGAAACUCUUCUUAAGAUGGCUGUGGAAGAAUCUCAGGUCCCAUCUGUGAGGUCUUUGGACAAUACAACACAUUUGAAGGCUGAGUUGUAUAAAGAAAACAUUGGAGGAGUUCUGGCUACACCUGCUGUUCGGAAUCUGGCAAAGCAAUAUGGUGUAUGUAUAAAUGAUAUUCAUGGAACUGCUAAAGGUGGGAGAAUUUUAAAAGAAGAUGUCCUAAAAUAUGUGGACAAUAAAGGAACGUCUAAAGAAUCAAAGGAAACUUCACAUGCAAGUCUUUUAGAACAUGUGAUGAUAAAAGAGGAGAAAUAUUCGUAUCAAUUAGCUGCAGAUGGAUCACAGUAUGAAGAUAAGACAGUUCCCUUGAGGGGAUUUCAGCGUUUAAUGGUUAAAUCAAUGACAAUGGCUGCCAAAGUCCCUCAUUUUCAUUAUCUGGAAGAGAUAAAUUUUGAUGCUCUUGUGGAGGUUAAAGCAUCUUUUCAAGAUGCGAAUUCUGAUCCAGAUAUCAAACACACUUACCUUGCGUUCUUAAUAAAGUCACUUUCGUUGGCAUUGGCAAAAUAUCCCAUAUUAAAUAGUACCUUCAGCGAGGAGUCAUUUGAGGUUAUAUUUAAAGGAUGCCACAAUAUUGGAAUAGCCAUGGCUACUCCAUAUGGUUUAGUGGUACCAAACAUAAAGAAGGUUCAGUCAUUAUCCAUCUUGGAGAUUACAAAAGAGCUGUCACGGUUACAAUAUUUGGCAUUAAAUAACAAGCUUAGUUCUGAGGAUAUCUCUGAUGGAACAAUAACUUUAAGCAACAUUGGAGCAAUUGGAGGGAAGUUUGGCUCUCCCAUCCUCAACUUGCCUGAAGUUGCUAUCAUUGCAAUUGGUCGAAUCCAGAAAGUUCCUCGCUUUGCCGAGGAUGAAAAUGUGUAUCCUGCAUCCAUGGCCAAUGUAAAUAUUGGAGCAGAUCACAGAGUUGUGGAUGGAGCAACUGUUGCAAGAUUUUGCAACGAAUGGAAGAAAUUAGUUGAAAAACCUGAGCUGCUCAUUCUACACAUGAGAUGAUCUAGUCUCUAACGUGGACAGCAACUUGGAUACCAUCCAGCAAGUAAGCAGGUGGGCUCCCAUACACUUACUGUGCACAAAUUCACCUAUGUAUUUAUCAUAAUUAUAAGAGCCUUAUUCAAUUUGAGUCAAGGUGCAAACAUAUUGACCGAAGAAGCAUCGCGGGGUCAUUUGCCCAGUACUAUGUAAACUGUAUAGUCAAUAAACACUGGACAUUCGUGAAAUACCAGCAAAUUGGCAUGGAGAUAUUUCUUUUUCCGGUAUUGCACCCUCUUAAGAUCAUACUGAAAAUUCAACAGAUCCUGGAGAUUGUUAAUA